AUGAGGUAUCCGUCAUACCCCAUUAGCUCAUUUCUGUGCACAACGUACUCACUAAAAAAGGAGAGCACGAGAAAAAAUCACCAAACUUGGGUGGUACCAAUCACAUUCGCCAUGAACAGUAUCUACACAGCCGAGUUCGAUGAAAAUCGCGCAUUUCCUGUAAUGGCCUAUGCAAAUGCAUUGUGCACCUAUAUCCAGCAACUUGUCAUAAUUGACUGUUUUUGUUGGAAAUUUUUCAAGAAAAUAUGGAUUCCGAUGAAGAAAAUGUGGAAGAGAUCAGACAUUUGUCAAUCGGCAGGAUGCAUUGCCAGAAGAAUUGGUAUCUCAAAAUCUACAGUAUCUGCUAUUGUCAAACGGGUCGUUGAAGUUAUCAAUAAAAAUUAUGACAAUAUUCGAAUUCCAUCAAAACCCGAAGAUUGGCGAGAUAUUAAAGAGACUUUUGUGAGGCGUGGUUUACUAAAAUGUAUAGGUGCGAUCGACGGAAAACAUGUUAGGGUCAAAGCUCCACCAAAUUCAGGAUCUCUGUUUUUUAACUUCAAGAAGUUCUUUAGUUUUGCUCCUUUGGGAUUGGUUCGUGCGAAUCUGAGAUUCCGGUUUGUUGAUAUCGCACUGGACCACACCGACGAUGUGGCUAAAAUAUGCAUUAAUAUCAAAAAGAGUCAUGAGUAUUUUCUAAGGAAAUCUAUGAAAACUUCACAGGCAAAUUCAAAGAAACAGACUGAAGGUAUCCCAGUGGCAGAAAUAGAUGAUUCGAAAGCCGAGAAUGACAGAUUAAAUACCAAAGUCAGAGAACUCGAGUUAGAGAAAAAUACGGCCGAUGCAAGGAUUGCAGAACUGGUUAGGCUUGUCGAAUUGAAAAGUAAUGAAGCAAGUCAAGUGGCAGCUAACGCCAGAAUAUUCGCCUGCCGAAAAUGCGAGAAGAAUCGAGAUAUUGACGAAUUGAACGAAAAGAAUGAGAAGCUGGAAAACAUUGUACGUCAGAUGUCUGAGAGAAACACCGAACUCCAGAUAUCAAGAAAAUCGAUGGAAGCACUGAUUGCGGAGCAGUUAAAGAAAAUCAAUGAAAUAGAAAGUACAUCUCUUUGUUCAUUUUGUUUUAAAAGCUUGGUAAUUUGUCCGACUAAAAGUAUGGAGCUAAAGAAGGAUUUGAAACUGAAGGAAGAAUUGUUGAAACAUAGCAAAAUAUCGAUGGACCACAUAAAAGCAAACUCUACUGAACUUGAGCGGGAAAUCUACUAUUUUCGGCAAAAAAUGGAAACAAAGGAUUCAGAAAUUGAGAAACUGAAAGAAAAUAUUGGAGUUAUGAAGACUCGAUGCAAUACAUAUGCGGGGCAGCUUCAAUUAGCUACAAUGGAAGUUUUCGAUCUGGAAAAAGAGCUCGAAGCCCUCUCGCUGUAUGUGCCCACACACACCCCGGAGCCUGUCGCCAAUAAUGAGCAAUCGGAGAGGGAUCCACUAUUGGAGAGAGUCAAGGGAGACAACGAGCAGCUUCAGAAGGAUACCCAAGAGGAGAAGGCCAACGAUUUUAAUAAGGAAAUCAACAAAAACCACAUUGUUAUGGAGAGCAAAGAAAAUCUGAAGAACGUCGAAGACAUGAACAUGUGA